CUGUUCCGAAUUUCCCCUUUUACUAAUCCCGGAAAAGGAAGCACGAGGUACACGUCACACAACAACAUUGACUCUAGUGACAGAGGCAAAGACGCUACAGUUGAUUAAAGAAGAAUGGAGCUUAACACACGCUACUUCCUUUUGUUGGGUUUCCUUGCUCUAUUUUCACUUUCUCUGGCUGCAGAGUCAGGGAGCGAGGAAGAGAAAGUCGAUCCAGUAAAAGUAGAUUAUGCCAAAGGUUCAGUUUGUGGAUACUGUGAAUACUGCAAGUUCUGCAAACUGUGUGAAAAAGACUGUCCUUGUGAAACUAGCCCAUCAAAGCCCAACUGUAAAAUGUGCAAGUAUUGCAAAUUCUGUUACCUGUGUUCAGGAGUGUGUGAUACAAUUUGUCAGCCAGGUGGUGUUAUAGACAAGGUUUCUGCUGCUAUUGUCAAUGCUCUCCCUUCCCAUGACCCUGAGGAGAUCAAUAAAGACAUCAAAUCUGUAGAUGAUUGGAUGAAGAAAAACAAAGAUGAACUUUGAUGUCAGACAGACAAAUAGGAUACUCUACCAUUCCAUCCCAGCUGUGUUACUUCACCCCUAGUCUGAAUGUUGAUAAGUUCAAGUGUGAUUGUAGCAUUAUAACUUCUAUAUUUAUAUUGUUGUGUUUUAAUGAAUUUUAUUCAAGAUGUAUGCAUGCUUUAAUAAUAUAUUCACACAAGAGAAGCCAAUGAACAAGUGUUUACAUUAAUGUAUCAUACACUGUAUUACCUGGGGGUACAUAU